UGCGUUUGGCCAAGCAACGCCCCUUUGAGGUUUCUGCCUCUCUGAUUGGUCAACAGGAAGAAAGCGGGUAAUGGCGGCGUAAACAAGGCGCAGGUCGGUGCAAAAUGCUGCUCAUUGGAACCACUGUUGAAAUUAAAACGUAAAAAUAAAGCUAUAUCUAAACGGAAUAUGUUUUCGAAACUAGGAGGAUUUCUGCUGGGUGUGCAAACGAUUAAAACCCCACUGGUUUACUUCUUGGUGGUGUUUAUUCGCUCGUUUCGGCUAACUUUUAGCUUAGUUUGCUAACUUAACGGAAAAGUAGUAACGUCAACGUUAAGUUAUCUAGCUAACGUCUGUAGAAAUGGACUGCAUCGUGACGGGAGGAAACGUAAAAGUACUGGCCAAAGCCAUCCAUUCACUGUCCAGGAUCGGUGAUGAGCUCUAUGUGGAGCCUCAGGAAGAUGGGCUGGCCCUGCGGUCUGUGAACUCCUCUCGGUCGGCAUAUGCUUGUUUCCUGUUCGCACCACUCUUCUUCAGCAGGUACACUGUCCACAGUGGGCACACCUUCCGCUGCAAGAUGGCAAUAAAGAGUGUACAGGCUGUAUUCAGGUCUCUAGCGUCUCUGGAGAAGACAGUGGAAAAGUGUCACAUCGAGCUGGACGAUCAGAACAACCGCCUCACCUUCACCCUGCACUGCAAACACGGCCUCAUGAAGACACAUAACCUGUCUUUCCAGGACAGUGAAAGCCUACAGGCAGUGUUUGAUAAAGACAGCUAUGCCAAUGUAUUCAGAUCCCAUCCCAGGCUGCUGGUGGACACAGUCAUGCACUUCCCUCCAUCUCUAGAAGAAGUAACCGUGUCAGUGAGUGAUGAGCGAAUGUGGGUCAGGAACCAUGUGGAGGAAGAAGGAGACCAGUCCAAGGCCAUGCUGACAGAGCUGUGUCUGGCUUCAGACGAGUUUGACCAUUUCGCCGUCCAAGCUCACAACAGCGUCACCUUUUGUCUGAAGGAGUUACGGGGUUUGUUAGUGUUUGCAGAGUCUACUGGUCUCCCUAUGUCUAUGUACUUUGAUGAACCCGGCAGCCCUGUAGUGCUUUCAGUAACAGACAGUGUCCUGGAGGGGAACUUUGUGCUGGCCACACUUUCUGAUGACCCCAACCACCGUAAAAAAAACAACAGUAGACGAGCACACACACCGCCACCACCUCCUCCUGACGACUUCAUGAAUGAUGACAUAGACUCUUACCUCAUUGCCAUGGAUACUAGUGUUGCGCCAGGUUCCUCAGCUACAGGUCCGCCCACACCCCCAUUAGCUGAUUCCAUAUGUUUAAAACAGACUGCUGCAGCCAGUCACAGGACAAGGAUACACAGUGAGGAGGAAGAUAAAACAACCGAUUCAGGCAGACCGCCUAAUAAGAAGUUCUGUUCCUUGUUCUUUGGAUCUGUGCUUCCCCCAUCCUCUCAGAUGAGCACUCAACCGGUGUCAAGUCAGCAAGUGUUGGCCAGUGACAGUGAGGAUGACGUACAGUGAACUAGAGUGACAGUGGACUGGUGGAUGAGAGGAGAGAGAUGGACUGACUGUGUGUGUUAUAUUACUUUUACACACAUGCCACCUGCAGCACUUGAAAUGAAAUGACACCUUGAACCCUUUUUUUCCAUUUUAACUGGCCUGUAAGUGUUGUACAGGGAUUCUUUUUUUUUUUUUACAUUGGCAUGAAUAUGCAAAGACAGUGUACAAAACAGCCAAUGCUAGUGAAUUCCAACGUUUUAUUGGACUAUAAUGUGAAUGAAUGGUGGACUUCAAAAUAUGGGAUUAUGUGAAACUGGACUUGAAGCAUGUCCUGUUUAUUUUCGUUCAACAUCUGUUUGGUUUGUGAUCAAGGUGCAACAAAAAAGCUCCUCUAAAUAAAAGAAACAUAUUUUUCAAAA